UUUCAGAAUGAAGCUGACAAUUUGUAUUCUUGCUUUUAACUUUGUGUUCACUAUUGGUGCUUGGGACUGUGGAAGUGGAUUUAUUUCUGAAGGUCUGGCUCUUCUUUUAGCAUCUCCUUCUUCUGACAAAGAAGAAAUCAACAAAUGUUGUACGGCUCAUGACAGACAAUACACAGAAAUUGAGGAUUGUGAAAAACGGGGUCGUGAACCCCCAUUUUGUCGAAGGGAAUCAGAUGCCGAAUUUGCUUUAUGCUUAGAAAACUGUCCGAAUCGGUACACACAAACUGUAGUGAGAUACGGCUAUGGUGCAUUGGUCUACAUGAACAGGGUAGGGACGGAAACUUGGAAUAAGUUUAAAACGGCUCUCGGCUUUUGAAAUAAUUCAUUUGACAUUUCAUUAUUCAAUACUAUUAACAUUCGUUUAUUGAUUUUUUUCUGUAUUUUGGUUCUUCAUUGCCCAUAAAAUAUAAAUCACCCUCGU